CAGUUGGGUAAAAAUGUUUCUUAAAUACGCGUGUGUUUUGCAGUCUUUUGGAUUGAUAUCUAUAUGCAUGGCAUAUAAAUUGUAUCCAGUUAUUACAGAGGAUAUACCAGCCAAUACGAAUUUGACAACGGGUCCAUUUGUUAGGAUCGCAUAUGGAUAUUAUUUCUUCGAGAGGAAUCUGCAGAAAAACUGGUUCGAUGCAUACGAAACUUGCCGUAAAAUGGAUGCUGAGUUGAUAUCAUUCGAAACCCUAGAAGAAUGGAAUGAUGUUAAUGCAUAUGUACGAGAAUUUAAUAUUGAAAAUUUCUACUGGACAUCGGGCACAGAUCAGGCUCAACCUGGAUCACACGUUUGGUUUGUAAAUGUAAAACCAAUAGAUAAAACCAUGUGGGCAUCAGGACAACCAGAUAAUGCGAGUAACAAAGAACGCUGUGUGGAAUAUAAUUGGAAAAAGACUACAACUGCUUCCAUGCUUAACGAUAGACCAUGUGAUUUUCUGAAUAGAUACAUUUGCGAAACACGACAACCAAAAACAGCAUCCUUUGUUGUAUGGUAAUCAAUUAUAGGUUAUUCUGUAAACUAAACAAAUGUAAUUUUUUUUAUAUGUAUUUUGAAAAUUCUAAUAAAUACUUUGGCAUACAAUGGG